UAUGAAAACAAGGUUACAUUUUGGGUUUUUUUUACAUGAUUAUAUUACACAAUUAGAGGAAUGAAGAAAGUUAUUUUAAAGAAAAUACCUGGAGCACUACCACCACCACCAAAAUGUGAAAUCGAUGGUAAAAUCACAGAUCUAUCGUCAAAAACAAUUGCGGAACUUUUUGAGCUUCGAGAUAGACAGUUAAAGUUAUUAAAUAACAAGGGAUUUAUUAAUAGAUUAUCCGAUAAGGGUGCAAAAAUACAAGAGCUGUAUGAUAAAAUAGUAAAGGAAAUAAAAUUGAAACAAGAAGAGGACAGUACUUGCAAUUUAUUGAAAAAUUUGAAUCUCAACAAUGAUAGCGUUCAAAAUGUUGAGUGGGAAGGUAAACUCGUGAAUAAAGAGAAUACUUAUCUUGAUUCUGAUGAUGACAGUGAUCCGGAAGAUGUCCUACAUAUACUUAGUCAGCAAACAGCUCAAGAGAAAAAAGUGAAAGUUAUACCACAAGAAAAACCUUUAGUUACACCUGACGAUUUAGUUAACAUUGGUGAAAUUCCACAUGUAAAAUAUUUGGUAGGAAAAGCUGAACAAAAUGUGAAAACAAAACCAACUGGUCAUUAUAAACCAUUUAAAACAACAAAAUCAGAUGUACAUAAUCCUGAAAAAGAGAUUCAGAGAAAAAAGCACAAAUAUUGGGAGGUAACGGCUGCAACACCACCUCCUAUUCUUCAUGGUCCUGCAAAGGUGCUAUCAUUAGAGGAGUCUUUGAAACUUCAGAAACAAUAUAAUGUCCACUUAAAAGAAAUUGAAGUACAACAUGCAGCUGAAAAGUUAUUGUCACGGGCAGGAAUAAAAAUGGCAUCAAUUUCAGAUGCAUCAAAAUACGGUAAAUAUAGGGAAGUUGAGAGUGAUAACUCCGCAGAAACAUCUGAUAACGAAGGUAGUGAUAAAGAAAUCCAUGAUGAAGAACCAGAGAGAGGAGGGGUAGUUUUUACAGUUAUGAAAUAAUAUUAAAAGUAGUGUGUAAGAUAAAGUUUACAUA